ACAUGAUGAGAGCUGCACUCAGGCUUCGCACCGCACCGCGGCAAACAAUCCGCUGCUGGACGGCAGGCCACGUUUCCCCGUGGCGCGCCAUACCAGCAAGUAUAGAGCGGCCGAGCUAUUCGAGCACGGGCCUCGUCCUGCCCGCCCCGCCGGCGGCGACCGUCGCCGACGCCGAGACCAUCGAUGCGCUGCGCGCCGCGGGCCGCCUCGCGCGGCGCAUGCUCGACUUCGCCUGCUCGCUCGCGGCGCCCGGCGUGUCGACGGACGCCAUCGACGCCGAGGUGCACGAGGCCAUCGUCGCCGCCGGCGCGUACCCCGCGCCGUACAACUACAUGGGCUUCCCCAAGUCCAUCUGCGCGGCGCCCAACGAGGUCAUCUGCCACGGCAUCCCCGACUCGCGCAUCCUAGAGGAGGGCGACAUCGUGUCCUUCGACGUGUCCAUCUACGCGGGCGGCGUCUUCGGCGACAACUGCGGCACCGUCGCCGUCGGGGCCGCCGACGACGCGGCGAACGCGCUCGUCGCGACGACGCAGCGGGCCCUGGACGACGCCCUCGCCACCGUGAAACCGGGCGCCUGCCUCACGGCCAUCGGCGACGCCUGCGCCGACGCCGCCGCGACGCGGGACUACGGCGUCGUCCGCCAGUACUGCGGCCACGGCAUCGGCCGCGUCUUCCACGCGCCGCCGCUCGUCCAGCACUGCCGGAACCGCGACGCGUUCACGCUCGUGCCGGGCCACGUCUUCACCAUCGAGCCCAUGCUCACGGAGCGGUCGCCGGAGCUCUACGUCGCCGACGACGGCUGGACCGUCGUCACGCGGGACGGCGGUCGCGCGGCGCAGUUCGAGCACACGGUCCUCGUCACGGACGACGGCCACGAGGUGUUGACCCUGCCCGAAUAACGUGCAGCCUAGG